GAAAGUUUGCGCCACCGCCACCACCAGCAGCGAGCGAGGAUUUUGUCCUCAAGGCAGCCGCGCAACUCGCGGGAGUCGGCGGCCAAGACGUCGCUGCCGCUGCUUUACAUUCAAGUGAAUUGCUGCUCCGUGGGUUCAUGGCAAUAACAACAACAAUAACAACAACAAUAACAACAACAAGACGACGACGAGGGGACUGAUUCAUUCGCCCGCGUGUGAAGUUGCCGACGCGUCCGCUCCUGAGGUUGUUUUGUGGCCGGGGGAAGGAAAAACCAGCAAUGAAGGCCGGAUCGGUGUGAUUAUCAUUCAUUGCGGUAGUGAAGCAGUGGGACAGAGCUUCACGGCUCCCUUGCGAGGAAACGGAAGUCACGGCAGCCGGGUUGGGCCAGGCGAGGUGAAACGGAGACCACCUCCAGAGGACAAUUUCAGAUUUUCCGAAGUAGAUUAUUCUUUUAUUACAACGCCCACCGUGGAAGAUUAAUUCAUCGCAGGAAAGGAGAUUAUAUCCGGGCAGGGCAAGAUUGUAAAACUUCUCGAGAAGAACGAGAGAAGAGGAGGCUUUAGGCUAGAGAGAUCCCAACAACAGGAGGAGACCAUCAUCAUCACCACCAUCAUCAUCAGAUUUGACGCUGCCCUCAGCAAUCCGGAACGACUGAAUCGGCGUGCACAUCACCAACGAAACAUCACCUCGAGACCAAGAAUUAAGCGUCCUCGGAAAGAAACAGAAACAUUUGGUCGAGCGAGAAAGAAAACAAAGUCAGAAAAGAUUUUAAUUGAAAUUUAAUUUGCCCCACGAUGGCCUCUACGGGGCGCGUGCGCGGGGCCCAACGGAGCGGCCUGCUGGAGGUGCUGGUGCGGGACGGCGGCUGGUGCCGAGUCCUGGCCACGCUCGGCGAGGACAGCCUCACGCUGAGCGCUGAGGAGGCUGCCGCCGCCACCAACAACGGCGGCGGCGGUGUUGGCCCGGGGGCGGGUGUCGAGAGCAGCUUCAACGGCCUCAACGGCCCUCCGUCGACAUCCCCGCAGCAAGGACGCGGCCCGGCGGAGGACGAGGGGCCUGAGGAGGCCGUGCCCGAGUCGAUCGCCAACAUCAAGCGGGUGGUGCGCGUCCUCAAGCAGGAGGUCGGCGGCCUGGGCAUCAGCAUCAAGGGCGGCAAGGAGAACAAGAUGCCCGUGCUCAUCUCGAAGAUCUUCAAGGGGCUGGCGGCCGAGCAGACGGGCGGCCUGUACGUGGGCGACGCCAUCCUGUCGGUGAACGGCGCGGACCUGCGCGACGCCACUCACGACGAGGCCGUGCAGGCGCUCAAGAGGGCCGGACGCGAGGUUGUGCUGGAAGUCAAGUACCUGCGCGAGGUGACGCCCUACUUCAAGAAGGGCUCUCCCAUCGGAGAGCUGGGCUGGGAGGUGGCGCCUCCGCUCACGCCCAAGCCCAGCCUCGCGGUGGCGGCAGCGGCCGGCAACGCGGCGGGCGGCUCGCCGGACGCGGGGGUCCACGACGCCGCCAAGGACAAGAAGCGGAUCCCGCUCAAGAUGUGCUUCGUCACGCGCAACCUCAGCAAGCCGGACCCCGAGAACAGGCUGAUCGAGCUGCACUCGCCAGACAGCGCUCACACCAUCGUGCUGCGCUGCCGCGACUCUGCCGGCGCCCACGCGUGGUUCGGCUCGCUGCACGCCAACGCGGCCGCCCUGACGCAGGCCGCGGUGCGAGAGGCCAACCAGCUGCUGCAGGCCGCCGGCGGUGGCGGCGGCGGCGGCAACUGGGGACCGGUGCAGCACAUGGGCUGGCUGGCGCAGCAGGUGACGGCAGAGGGCCACUCGCAGUGGAAGGCCGUGCUCAUGGUGCUCACCGACAGAGACCUGGCGCUGCACCAGACGAUGCCGUGGACGCGCGAGGCGUGGGCGGCGCCCCUCGUCAGCCACCCGCUGCUCGCCACGCGGCUGGUGCACUCAGGGGCACUGCAUGGCUCUCCCCCGCCGCCCCACACGGAGCUGACGUUUGCGACUCGCACGGGCUCGCGGCACGGCGUGGAGACGCGCGUCUUCCGCGCCGAGACGAACCGCGAGUUGGCGGCGUGGACGCGGCUCAUCGUGCAGGGCUGCCACACUGCCGCCGAGCUCAUCAAGGAGGUGUCCGUGGCGUGCAAGCUGCGCGACGCCGACUGCACGCUGAGCAUCCACUUUGAGGAGGGCUUCUGCCUGAGCCGCGACGGCGGGGGAGGCUCAGUGGGGGGGGCGGCGGCGCCGACGCCCAUCCUGCGCUACCCGUUCGAGCGCCUGCGCAUGUCGUCCGACGAUGGGGACCACGCCCUCUUCCUUGACUUCGGUGGCCCCGAGGGCGAGCUGCAGCUGGACCUGCGCUCGUGCCCCAAGCCCGUGGUGUUCAUCCUCCACUCGUUCCUCUCCGCCAAGGUGACGCGGCUCGGCCUGUUCGCGUGAAGCCGCACGCGACGUCACCUCGCACGCACUCGAGAAGCGCGCAGGGAUAACGACGAACUUUCGGGAUGAGCGCGAGGUCACCGGGAGAACGGCGCGCGCGUGUGAGCGAGCGCCAAGCCGGCCGACGACGAAGUUGCUCGCUUUGUGUCAAUUUUGAGCGAAUCGGCGCCCUCGUUACGGUGAAGUCUUUUCCAGGGGCGUUGGGCUUCCUUGGGAACACCCACAAUGCAUUGCGAGGAGCACAAAGAGAAGGGGGGGGGGUGCGGCUGUAAAUCCGACCUCGUGUUUAGCGCUGUACGCCAGACGGGUCAACGCAAACGCCGGCAUUGUACACGGUUUUGGGGGGGUGGAGGAAGGGUGCCCGAGUGUUAACGUGGAAGCGUUGUAAAUUAAAACAAAUUAGUCAAGUCGGUUCAACCUUUGUGUGAUCCAAUGAUGGUUGUGUGCCUGCUCCAGUAGUGUGCCUGCAUUCAUAGCAGCAACGAGGACCGCAAUUGUUGACGACAAACUUCCAUCGAUGCCAUGCUCACAGUUGUGCACAGUGAAUAAACUGUGUAAAAAAGAGAAAACGACGUGUAAUUACAGACCUAUGCAAGAGACGGUAGCGUAGAGGUACAAGGUACGCAAGUAUAGAAUUUAGAGUUUGCGAUGGAUGACUGUUAAUUGUUUUACUUUUAAAAGGGCUAUGCAAAUGUGUUAAAACCUUCCACAUUACGACAUCAUUAAAAAAGACAAUGUUAUAAUUUUUGUUGCUGCUGCUGCAAAUAUUUUCCUUUUUAAUGGCAUGAACUUGACAAGAAAUCCACUCGGUUAUCAAUUUUUACAGUGCAUUUUUUUGGAAAAUAAAAUAAUAAUCCGUUACAUGAGAAAAUGUUACGAAUAAUUAUUCGUAUUUUCUUUCACUUUUAUUUGCCGAAGCUGCAUGAAUUCAGCUUAAGCUGAAAUGUAGGUUGCAGUGAACUUAGUAAUAAAUAAAAAGUUUAACUUUACUCCUUAGAUAUCUAAAGUAUGUAUUUAAAAACGAUUAUAAUAUAUUUCAUUGUAUUCCCUAGCCUGUGCCAAAUUAACUACAAUCUUAUUUAUUUGCUCAAGUGCAAGUAUUACAAAAGUGAAUUGCAGUGGUCCAUGCAGUGUCCAACUACCUAAAACUGUCCCCAAUUUAAGUGAAACUAAAUAAAAAACUUAUUUUUAUUUUACCAGGUAAGGCCCACUGAACUAUAGAAUCGACUUGGCCACAAAUGAUAGCUUAACGAAGUGGUUUAUUAUCAUGUGGAAAUGUAUAGCAGCCAAAUACUCUAAACGCAGGAUUCUAAAUGUGGAGGAAAAAACCUGAGGACCCAGAGAAAAAUCCAUGUGACCGGCGGGGAGUACAUGCAAACUACAAAUUUGUUUUCGUCAGGGGCCGGGAUCAAAUCCGCAACCUCCUGUUUACCAGGCGAGGUAGUUAACAUCUCACCACCGUGGUGCCCAAGUCUAAAGAGGUCCUGUCUGCGAUAUGGGUGAGAGUCAUCGGGAUGGUGGCUUCAUUUCUCCAUGGAUAUUUUCUAGGCCAUUUGGGAGACUGGAGUAGGCACGUGACUAGCAUGCGACUAGCAGCCGCAGCCAUAGGCGAGAAGGCACACUGUACGUGGAAAUAUUUUUAAGGUCACUGACCCGGACAGACCCGGCUAAAAGUAAGCCCUGGCCAAAACGUGCCAGCUAAGAAAUGGGUUGCCUGAACUAGAGACCUUGGCGAUUUGAUCAUUGGGGACACAAUUGCAAGGCCUCUUCCUCAAGAUGAAAUGUCAGGGACAGCAUUGGCAGCGGUGGAGAAACGCAGGCUCGAACCAACUUUUCCGUCAUGGCUGCCAGUAAAUUCCUUGUUGGCGAAGCCCUUCCAACGCUGCUACCGCUGCCGCAACGUCUUGCACAAAUUCGUAACGUCGUUAAAGUAAGCAAGUGAAUGAAGUAAUUUUGAUAGCAAGAUUAAUAACUAAAAAGGAAAAUGUAACAAAAUACUGAAACGGUCUGUGAUGUAAAUGCAUGUUCAUAGUAAAUUGUUAAUUACGAUUAUAUUUGAGGCAGUGAGUCACGUUGCCUACACAUUACUUACAAAUACCUAUUGUAUGAAAAUUAUACUUUCAUGUCUCGCGUGGCACGGAUAAUUAAGUGACUUUUGCCAAAGAUAAUAGGGGGCAGAACGUGUAUUCACGACUUUUUAUUGGGCACUGGAUUGGUUAAAAGAACGUAUUAGCAUUCAACCUUAAAGACAUUUCAAAACUCUUGCCUUUCCCUCCUGCCAUACGAAAGAAGAAAAUGGCACGAUCUUACGUGGAGCACUGAUGCAGCGCACUCGCAAUGUGUCGGAUCCGAGGUGUGGUCACACACGACGAUGCCACAUCGCACGCAUUUGCUCGGGAAGCGACUCGAACUUUGUUUGACACCAUCUAAAAACACGAAUUCAAUCCGAUUUGUUUUUCAAAUUGACAACACCGUCCGGGUAAAUACAUUCGAGGCUUAACCAUGCUGUCAAUUCGUCAGCAAUAUUACAUUUAGCUAAGAAUCAUGAAAGUGACUGAUGAAAUACCACAGGCCUGACAUAAAAUUGCAACUCAUAACUUGAAAUGUGUUGUUACAAAUUAUUGCCAAACGUGUACAUCCAUAAUUAUACGCUGCUUGUGUUAAAAGUGCCUUAACCUGUGCUGCAAUGUGUAAGGGAAAAAAAUAAACAAUAAAUACCGAUACAUACUUAUAAA